GCAGUACUGGAAAGCCCUCUCAGUGGAAACCUGGCAACCCGGGGCCUCCCUGUGUCUGUGUCACCUAGCAAUUGCCAUGGCAAUGGUGUAGUGGCCCCAGAGCCCACAGGCCAGGGGAUGUGGCCACCCUCCCGCACACAGCACAGGCACUGUUCACUGCACCCGGUGGGGCUGCUUCUCUGAGCUGAGCAAUUCUUUCUUGCAGGUGCCCACAGCUGGGCAGGGAGGCAGACCCGCAGGGUCCCCUCUCCUCUCCUGUGUUCCAGGGAUGCUGGACUCCUCGGUGGCAGAUCAAAUGACUCGACUGACCCUGAAACUCUUGGAGAAGAAACUUGAGCAAGAAAGAGAGAAUGUGGAAAGGGAUUCAGAGGACCCCCGCCUCACUCUGGGACACAAGGCCAGGCCAGAUGCGGCCCUGAGGAGCGCCCUGAGGAGGAAGGACGCUCUGCAGAGACUCCGGGAACACCACCUCCUGGAUGGAGUCUCCCCGGCCCACACCUGGAGGGGGCUGCACAGAGGAGCCCUCGGGCCCACGCUGACCCCGGGCACCUCCCCCAUCCCUCCACCUCCACCAGCCCCUGAGUCACCCCAGGUCAUCCGACACUGGGCGCCCCGUCCUCCUGCCGCCAGCAGCCAGCAGCUGCCUCCGCAGCCACUCGUGGCACAGGUUGCCCCUCCCCAGGCCUUCCCCACUCAAAGGUCCGGAAGUAUCAAGGAAGACGUGGUAGAGCUGAUGCUCUUGCAGAAUGCUCAGCUGCACCAGGUCAUCAUGCACAGCUUGAUGCUCAGAGCCCUGCCCCCCUCCAAGCUCGCGCCUUCCCCGGGACCACAGGCUGCCCCCCUGCACCCCACUCUACAGGACCCACAGUGGGCUAACCCCGCCGUCCUCCGAGCUGAGAGGCAGAAGCCGCCCUCUGUGCACCACCACCACCACUACGCACCCCCAGCUCCCCUGCAGGCCGUUCCUGCCCCUGGCCCCUCAGGGGCUUACUCCAUGUGGCCCUCCGUGGUCUCAGCCACCACCCUCCCGCCUGCCACCGGCUUCCUGCCUGCAGUGCGCCACGUGCCCGGCCCCUCUGGGGUGGCGCCUGGAGGUGUGCUGCCCCGAGAGGCCCUGGGUCUGUGAGCCUCUGACCGGGCCCAGGGGACCCAGAACUGGGUCAGGACCCCACAUCCCCUUAGGGAGAGCGAGCCCCUGCUCCUGCACCUGCCUCAGGGGACCCAGGGCCCACUGAGGACCCUGCACUCCUGCAGGGACAGCCUGUUCCAGCCCCACCCUCAGUACCAGCUCCCCAACCACUCGGUCCACCUGCUCCCCUACCAGAACAGUCCUUCCCUCCCGUUAUGUUUCUGUUUGCCUUUGGUAGAAUUUUGUUUGUUUUAUAUAGUUAAUGGUUUUAUCUGUGAUAAGUUUUAAAGAAAUUGUGCUUUUACCACUUUAAAUUGAAUGCCUCCCGGGCACUAUGUACAGCACAGUGUGUGCAACAUCACCACCCGGUCAGAGUUGUUCUUCCCCAAAAGCAACCCCUGUCCCAGGGCCCUCACUACCCACUGCCCCUCCCAGCCCACACAGCCCCCAGUCCGCUUUCUCUCUCUGCUCCUUCCUCUGUUCUGAUGUUUCCCGUCAAUGGAAUCAAAGGACAGGUGCUUUUUGUCUCUGCCCACAUAUUUUACGAGGGCUCUGGUUAAUUUCUGUCUUUACUUGAAAUAGCACUUUUCUAUUUGGAAAGAAGUAUCCCAGGUGAGUUAAAGAUUAGGUGCCUAAGUGAAGCCCUCUUAGCAAAUACAUGCACGGUGUGGGGUAGAGACCCUGGUGUACUUGUGACACCAGAGCCAGAAGCCAGAAGGGAAACGGCCGCCGUUCUGUGGCCGAAACAAAACCAGAAAAAUGUACAAAGCUGGAAAAACAAACCACAGACCGUAGACCUCAGCAGCCAUUUGUCGACCCAAGGCCAGCGCCCGGCAUGACAUCCCCGUGGUCCACAGGGUCUCAAAAGUCAACGUUGCAAAAAGGGACAAAGCAACGCAGGUGAUCCCAGGCAGACGGCAG